AUGGGUUUAUUUAAUACGAUUUUCGGUGAUAUUAAACUUACCGAUGUUUUGAUCGGAUUGUUAACCAUAACAUGUUCAUACGUUUUUUAUUUCUACUAUAAAUACUUUACUCGUCUCAAUCCACUUCCAGGUCCGAUUCCACUCCCGUUAAUAGGUAGUUUUGCAAUCUUCAUGGAAGAUAUAGAUGCUUGGUUCUUUAGAUUGAACAAAAUUUAUGGACGUGAUGGCAUUUUCGAAUUGAAUAUUGCUGGCAAUAGACAAAUCAUUAUGACACGUACCGACUAUGUAGAUAAAUUUAUGACGAGUAGUACUUCGUCGCACAUCAUGAGAACCGCGAACAAUGGACUCUUGGACCUAUUUGAUCUUCAUAAUAAAGGGGUAGGAUUGAAUCAUAGUUAUCAACAUUGGAAAUUCAACCGUCAGAUCUUCUCGCAGGCCGUCAUGCCAUUGAGCUUAACCAACAAGCCCAGUAACAUCUUGAAUCAAUUGUUUGAAGAAAUGGCAGGUCUUUGGAUCGAUUUGAAACCGGAAAACGAUUAUGGAACCACGAUCGAUAUGGCCGCUUGGUUGCGUCGUUUCACGGCGGAUUUCAUAUCCUUGUUGACCACCGGGAAACAUAUUUCCGUCAUGAAUCAUUAUCGUGGGAAAUUGAAGCGUGAUGUGAUGACCGAGGAGAUGAUCGAAUCCGAAGAGUUCAUCGAUUGCAUAAACACCUUUGUAUCGGACAAUCAAAUCAUCUUCGUACCUAAAAUUUUGAAAGACUUGCCUUUGAUUAAACCUCGGGUGAAUAAAUUGUUAGAUAAUUGUGAUCGGUUUUAUAAUAAAUUGGUGAACAUCAUCCGAAACAGAAGAAAGGAAAUUGAGAAAGAAAUCAAGAUUGGUUUAUUUAAGACGGAACAAAUGGAUUUGUUGACAUCUUUAAUCAUUGCCAAUACACAAUAUGAUCCUAAUCCUCAAAAAAAUCUUGACCCAACAAUGAACAAACUAAUGACUGAUGAUGAAAUCCGUGGUGUUAUGUUCGACGCUUUUGUGGCCGGUACUGAUACAGUAAGUGAUCCAACACUGUCAUUUGAUUUCAAUCGUUAA